AUGUUGCCUAGGGUUGCGCCGUCUCCGGCCACCGCCGCCGCCGCCGCCGCAGCGGUUGGCCAGCUCUCCGGGGCGGGGCUCACCGCCGGUUCGGUGAGGCUGCCGGGGGCCCUGCCGUCUGCGGCAGGGUCGGCGGUCUGCUGCAGGGCCGCGGCGAAGGGGAAGGAGGUGCUCAGCGGCGUGAUGUUCCAGCCGUUCGAGGAGCUCAAGGGGGAGCUGUCCCUCGUGCCGCAGGGCAAGGACCAGUCGCUCGCCAGGCACAAGUUCGUCGACGAGUGCGAGGCCGCCCUCAACGAGCAGAUCAAUGUGGAGUACAAUGCCUCGUACGCGUAUCACUCCCUCUUCGCCUACUUCGACCGCGACAACGUUGCUCUCAAGGGAUUUGCCAAGUUCUUCAAGGAAUCAAGCGAUGAGGAGAGGGGGCACGCCGAGAAGCUCAUGGAGUACCAGAACAAACGUGGAGGCAGGGUGAGGCUCCAGUCAAUUGUCACACCCUUAACGGAGUUCGACCAUCCUGAGAAAGGCGAUGCCCUGUAUGCAAUGGAGUUGGCUCUAGCUCUUGAAAAGCUGGUGAAUGAGAAACUGCACAACCUGCACAGUGUAGCUACGAGGUGCAAUGAUCCUCAGCUGACCGACUUUGUUGAGAGCGAAUUCCUUCAGGAGCAGGUUGACGCCAUCAAGAAGAUCUCUGAGUAUGUGUCGCAGCUGAGAAGAGUCGGCAAAGGCCACGGAGUGUGGCACUUCGAUCAGAUGCUGCUUGAGGAGGCAGCUUGA